CAGCAGAGUGAGAUUUCGAUUUAAAAACAGUCAGCACAACAACAGAGUGGUUCUGGCCUUAGCAAACAAAAAGUGCAGCUUAUUCUCUGUGUUGCAUUUAAUGGCAAAGUUCAAUUCGCAGCGUGCAUAAAAGGCGUAAGGAACUAAUAGAAAUUAAACGCAUCAGUGCGGCUCCGUAACUGUUUCCUCCUCCACCGGUUCUCUGUCAGUUCUUGGUGCGCUGGCUGCGUGCGUAGAAUUUGUGAAAAGAGAAAGUUGGGCGCCGACUGCUGCCGUUGCUCCCCGAUCCGCACCACUCCACUCCGCACCGUUGGAACAGUCACAUCCAACUGCGCGUGCGCAACGACACACUUCACGAGGAAAUUGGUGAUCAUUCCUUCCAGUGCUCCUAGUGCAUCUCUUCUCCGAAAAUGGGUACCAAGCAGACUGUGUCGCCGAAGCAGGUUGCUGGUGGCAAUGCCAAGGCAAGAGCGAAGGCAAAAUCGGACACAAACGACACUCCACCGCGCCCGCCCUCGCCCACUGAGGUAUCGCUGACCAAGAGCAAGUCAAAUGGACGCGAAUGCCCAGCGGAGGCCAACGCCCUGCCUCCCCAGAAGUCAGUGGUAGUCGCGUACAUUCUCUGGCUGUUUGGCGGCAUCUUCGGCCUGCAUCAUCUGUACUUGCACCGCGAUCGUCACGCCUUCAUUUGGGGCUGCACGCUGGGCGGCUACAUGGGCAUUGGCUGGAUGGGUGAGCUCUUCCUGAUACCCGAGUAUGUGCGGGAUGCCAACGAAGACCCGCGAUUCGUCAAGGCGUUCGUGGCCAGGCUGCAGGCCUUUCAGCGGCCUCCGUACUCCUCCAAGCGCUUCGUCGGCCAGGUGAUGAUCGGCCACUUGUUUGGACAGCUAUUCGCGAUGGCCAUACCGCAGACAGUUGUGGCUGGCCUCGACCUGUCCUUCCUGCACUGGGCUAUUCCCCUCUUCGUCUCCCUGGGCAUCUGGCUGGUUGGGAACAUUGGGCGCGAGCAGGGCGUGUGGUGGCACUGCCUCGUGGCGGCCUAUUUGGCCUACCCAGCGCGGUACCUCAUCUACGACGAGACCUACUCACUGCUGCUGACGGGGCUGGUGUCCGCCCUCACCUUUGACGGCAUCUCAAAGCAAUGGCGCCGAACGCCGCCACGUCGGGGACGACCCGUGGUGCGAUCCCUGAAGCUGACGGGAGCCAUUCUGAUCUACUGCACCUUCUGGGGCAGCUUCGUCUACUUCAACGGGACCAUUUCGGACGAGGAUGGCGGCGAGGUGCCAAUACACGAGGCCCUUCACAACUUUCUCGCCUCCGCCUGGUGGACGGACCUCAAGCAGGCCCUGCACGACACCUACAACUACGCCCAGCAUCACGGCUGGUACGAGACCUGGAAGGAGGUAUUCGAGAGCAUGGAUGUGGACGGUGAGCGGAACUCGUACAAAGUGCUGGGCGUUAGUGCCACCGCGUCGCAGGCCGAAAUCACGGCGGCCUACCGCAAGCUGUCCAAGGAGUAUCACCCAGACAAGGUCAAGGACGAGGCACUGCGCGCCGAGGCCCACCAGCGCUUCAUCGAGAUCCAGCAGGCCUAUAGCGUGCUCAGCAAGAUCAAGUCGAACCGCCGGCGGAAGAACAAGCAGUUCCAGGAGGACGAUGCAAUUGUCCUCUAGGACAAAACUGCACGAAAAGGUGCCGCCCCCAGGCCUCUUUAGCAUAAGUUAGCCCCCAUCUUACGUACUUAAAUAUUUCUUUCGAAUUAGCGGUGGAGCAACCGCUUACGUGGAUCCGAGAUAAGGCGGCGGUUCUGCCAGCUGAAAGCGUGACUUAUUCCAGCCACAGUUCGUGGCUCACCGCUCACCGAGCCCCCGCCCCGGCCCCCCGCUCCAUACUCGAAUUGCUAAAUCACGACGAUAAUGACAAUGAGGUUUUUCUCAAUAAUUAGUUUCAUAUUCAUUUAUUUAUUUUAUAUAUUUUACAUAAUAUAAUGAACUACUUAACAAUCUAGGCAAAAAAAAAAAAAAAAAAU